AUGGCAAUUCCCAUCCACGUGAACUGCAGCACGGGUGGCAAGGAGGGAAAUGCUUUGAAAGAAGCACGUAAUUUGAUCCAAAAAGACACUAAUUUCGAAAAACUUUCAGACCCAGGAGAUCAGGUUUAUUUCUCCAAGAGCGACAGCUCAGGGAAGCGCCUCUCCCCCGGCCUGCAGCGCUCGCCUCCCCGCCUCCCUCCUUCCCUCCUCGGCAGCACCUCUGAGGCACUCCCGGAGGCUCCGACCCCCCAGGGAGCAGCUGCGGGGCGGGGAUGCGGCACUCGGGGCUCGGCCCCUUUUCGGAUCGCGGCGCCGUUGUCAGGCAACGGCCGCACAACAAGCGGCCCCACCGGAGGGCCGGGACCAGCAGAGCCGAGCCCCGCUGCCCCCGCGGGGACCCCCAGACCCGGCAGUACACCCCGGGACACGCCCCCGCCCCGUCCCGCUCCGGUGCCCCUCCCGCUGCCCAGCGAACCCCCCUCACUCCCGCCGCCGCCCGCUCUGAGCUAUGAGCGAUGCGGGCGAUGGACCCGCCCGGCGGGGCUGCGAGGAGGGUCCUCGGGCGCCGCGCCACCCCCGCCGCCCGCUCACCGGUACCGGCGGCCGCAGCUCCGUCCGCGCCCCGCGCGUUACCGCCGCCCCGGAACCCGGCGGGCGGCGCCGCGCAGCGCCCCCCGCUGCCCCGGAGGGCGGCGCGACCCGGCCGCCACCUCCUCCCGGGCGGAGAAAAGCAUUGGGAUGGGAGGCGGCGGCCAGCGGACUUCCCAGCAUCCCAGGGUAGGGCCGGUUAGAAAGGAGCACAGCGAGUCACCCGGUCCAACCUCCCUGCUCCAAGUACGGUCACCCUAG